CACGCUUCACUCUUCGCCUAUCACAUCCCAAUCUAAUUUCGCUUGAAAAUUCUAGCAAAAUGGAAGAAGCUGUGGAGCUACUGACAAUAUCAGAGCUGCUCCGUCGUGGUCGGCCAUUUACGGCCACAUCCUCUCUCAAUUCCUCUCCCAGCGUUUCUGUACGUCCUCCUUCCUCCAAAUCAAAAUCCAUGGAUAAAAAUUCCCAAUCCCAACCACCACCUCCUGGUCUCACUACUAACUCAAACCCUAACCUUAAAAUACUCGCUCCUUUGAGUCAACCGGCUAUGCUCGUGGGAACCCUACUUCUUCCUACUGAAACCCUAAAAUGCCCGAAUAAGAAUUGCUUUCAGUUCUCGGACUGUUCAUCUACCAUUUGCUGCGAUAUUCUCGAUUUUAGUGUCCGUGUAAUUGGAAAGAAGAUUCAGGUCCUCGCUUGGAAUUUCAUUCCCCUAAAACAUUCUGGUGGUGGGUUUUUAGAGAUUAUCAAAUGGAGUUUUCCAGAUUCAAGUACUAGUACCUUUUCCCGCUGUUCCAGUAUGGAUUCAUUUCCUAUAGUUUCAGGUUCUUCUCCUCCUCCUCCUCCUCCUCCUCCCACUAUCGCAGACGAUUCCAAAGCUCGUUUUAGCGUUCACGGCCCAAUUGAAUCAACAAGUCCUGUUUCACUUGUACCAUGUUUAAGUGGUGAUAGCAAGACAAACAAUCUUCGCGGGUUUAUUGUACGAAUUAUGGUUUGUGAGUGUAAAUUGUGUAAUUCUAAGGAGUCUGUUACAGUUUUACAUAAUUUAGCUCAAGGACAGCAUCCUCAUUCUUUUACAAAACCUUUGUUUAUAUAUUUCUUUGGUUCUUCUUGGAGCUGGCAUCCUGUGAUUGCCAAGCUUGUAGGGAAUGAUGUCAGGCUAUCGGGGCUGAAAAAGAAGUUGGUUUUUAUAGGGAAAGACAAGUCUCAAUUGAUGUUUGUAACUACAGAAAAUUCUGUUUUGCAUUUGCCUAGGUUAUCCAAGAAAUGGUCACCAUUUUUGAGAAAUGUUAUUGUGGGAAAAGGAGAAUGCGGUGCUUAUACUGGUGUUGUCAAGGGUGUAUACAUGCAAGGAAUGGUCAUUGAGCUGGACAAAGAAGUAUGGCUUGUACUAACUGAUCAGCUACUUGCUGCACCACAUAGUUUAAGGGUGGGCGCCAUUAUUUCUUUGAGAAAUGUGCAUUUUGUUAAUCCAAAAUUCACUUGGACGCAAAUGCUUAUACUUGGGACUUGCUUAAAGACUAGCAUUACUGUAGAGUCAUUCUCACCAUUGGAAACGGGGUCUAAUAUAGUUUUUCAAUCUCAAAGUCAGUUGGGGAAGUUUAUUAAUUCCUUGACUUUUUCUGCCAGAAUAUGGGCACUACUUAUCAUUUCAAGUUUUCGCAAGAAGUUUGCUGGGAUUUUAUCAGAAAAGGAGAUCUUGGGAUCAAAACAUAAGGAAGGACUGGCUCAGAUGUUUUCUAAUUCACAUUUACCCCCUUCAGUGAUUCAUGCUCGGCGUGGAAUACUUACAGAACUAUGCAAGCAUAACUCAUGUGGUUGUGAUAGUGAACCAUAUUGUGCUGACCUGAAAUUGGUGGCACCUAUCUCUACCUUUCUCCAUCAUUGUGAGGUCAUGUGGAUGAAAGCACUCUUGCAGAUGGAGAGCAACUUUUACAUCUUGCGUGACGAAUCUCAAUUUGAUCUUGUGUCGUGUGAAGGAAGAUCUCAUAGUCGAACGUUGAGGAGGAUGUUUCAUAGUGAAGAUAUAGGAGUUUCUUUGCUUGGAAGUCUAAAGAUUUCUCCAUAUUCUGGAAGGUUGCAGUUAGUUGAUGCAACAGGAAGCAUUGAUGUUAUAAUACCCAACUUUCCAUCCACUUGGAAGUCCAAUUGCAUCUAUGAGGUUGUUGACUAUAAUCUAAUUGUGGAAGGCACACCUGACCUUGUGGAUCAUACAGGAUUGCCUGACAGUGAGUCACUGUCAUGCAGGCAUAUCUUUUAUCACACCCCUUGGGCAAGAGAGAUGAAAUUAACAAUUUAUAUCAGUUUUCGCUUAGGCAAUGCAACUUGCAGAAAUCUUCCGUUUUAUCCUUGUGUGGACUGGAAUAAUGAAUUUAUGGAACUUCAAGGUGGAAGAUUUCAUCUGAUAUGUGUAACACACAAAUAUCCUGUGCUACAAAAGUUUAAAGGUGAUCCGGUGAUAACAGACUGUUGUACUAUGUUUGCUGAGGCCAUUAUCUUGCCUUGGGAUCUGUUUCUUGGAGUGAAAGAUGGAGCUAUGCUUCCAUUUAAGAUUUCAGGGGAUUGGCUUAAUGAAUCGUUGGCACAUUAUCCCACUGAAAAUUACCAGGAGCGUCUGUCCAAUAAGAAGCGUAAAAUUGAUCAGGCAUCAAGCCAGGCUUUAAAGAGAUCCAAUGAGGGGGAAUGUGGAAACUUGAGUUCUCUCGAAAUUCCAUGCCUGGCCACUGUUAGAACUGCUAAUAGGCAAAACUUAGGUGGUUCAGGAAAACUGUGCUUCACAAAAUCCAAGGUAAAGAUUGAUGCUGACUGUAAACUGAGUGCAGAGAAGGUGUUGCUAGAAUUCAACUCUGAAAAUUUGUUCAAGUAUCCGGCGUUGCAGAUUGGCAGUUAUUACAUCAUAAAGCACCAUCCAGAAGAAUCCUUUUGUAGCAUUAAGGACUAUGAUAAUGUUAGCGGUGUUAGAGUUAUUAUCUCUUCCAGAACACACAUGUGGAGCCUUUCUUUCUCUUCUGAUGAGGGAGUAACAAAUAAUAAAUCUUCAAAUCUUCCUUCUCAAAGUGAUUCUUCUAUCAGUUGUAGAGAAUUUCCUAUAAGAGAUCAGGUUGAACUACUCUUGAGGUCCACUGGUAAUGUUCCAGAAUUGUCUUCGGAUGUUUGUCUUCAUCUCUCUGCAAAUGCAAAGGCUUUUUUGGAAGUAAAGCUUAAUGAAAAUAAAGAAGCCCACACUGAGCCAAUUAUGACCCCAGAAGAGACUUUAAGUGAUUCUUCUGAUAUUUUGACCAUGAUAUCUUCAACUGGUUUCUUUUCUGGAUCCCUUGAUUUUACUUGCCUUUUUCCUGAGGGAAAUUUAACAUCUGUGUGUGGAGAUGUGGUAGACAUUCAUGGUUUUGACUGCAAUUCUGCUGCCAAUGCCCAUUUAAGCUGUGAAAGAUUAGAUGAUGGUCUUCACAUGAAAUUUUUUCAGGAAAGCACAAACAUUUCUUGCAUCCAUGUUUUGGUGGAUGAUCAAAUGGUAAGCAUUUUUGGUUCUCUUAGCAAACAUGCAUAUCCUGUUGGAUUUGGACCUGGUGUAAAUGCAACAUUUCAUCGAAUUCUUAAAUUGAGGGUGACAAAUAAAUUGCAGCUGACACCUGCAUCAUUUAUCGUUUUGAACUCCAUAAGGGUUGCAAAUGAACAAUACGAUGAUAAAUGUUUUAAAUUCUGCUCUACUUUGUGUAUGCCAUCUGCUUCCUCUUUGGACAAUGUUUCUUCUGGUAUGAUUUCUGAAUUGAUUCAGUGCUCAGAUUGCAAGCCAAUGCGGUUUAAUUGCAGGGUUGUUGCUGUCCAUGUCUUGGUUCUGGAGAAGAAUAUAAAAUAUUAUGGCUUACGUUCUGAAGUCCAGGCUGGACACUUCGUUGACAUUCCGCUUGUGGGUUUUGUGUUGGAUGAUGGAUCAUCCACAUGUUGUUGCUGGGCCAAUGCUGAAAGAGCAGCAACUCUAAUGAGGCUGCAUGAAGAACUUCCAAUGAGGGCUUUUGAAAGCAGUGGCUGCACAUUAAAGUGGUUGGGGAUAGACAAGAAUUGCUGGAAAAGCACUAUGUUUCAUCUUGAAAGAAUUUUGAGGAAGCAUGGCAGAAUUAUUGUGAGAAAUGAUGGACCAAUAAUAGAUUCUUAUCAAGAUUAUACUGUUUCUGUCAGUUCGGAUGAUGCCCUAAGCAGCUCAGAUGAGAAUCUCCUGAAAUUCAUAGUCUUCAAUGCUUGUUUUGGCACAUCUUGGACUGUGAUUGCUGGUUUGAUGGAUCCAAAUGCUGUUAAGCAGUUGGAGAAAGAGCACCUUAUACAAAUGGGGACGACAGUGCUUUCCAUGCAGAAUUUGUGGGCUAUGGAAGUUCAAUACAUGAAUACUCUCAGCGAGGCGAGGAACAUUAUUGAACAACUGAUAGACAGGUAAUUAUUCAUAUAGACGGGUAAUUAUUCAUGCUGCUAAAUUUGAAAGUAUGGAUGUUUCUAAAUAUUACGCCCAUGCCGUUUUCCCCAACACGAUGUGGUGGUAUAGCUGGAAGUGUAAACUCCUGUUGCAUUUCUAUGACCUUUUGGCCUUUUGCUUCCCACAUCCAUAAAGUCCUCUUCAGCUGGGCUAUAAAUCUAGUAAAUUGUAUAUAUGCAACAUCUUUAGGGUAACACCAUACAGAUUUAAACUUUCAUGUAAUAUACAUGUGUGUGGCCGAAAACAAAGCUGAGUGAUGAUCAGCCAACCUCAACUUUUAUGGGUCCUAGUCACUGAGGCAUGCUUGAGUAGAUGUACAAAUGUGCUACAAAUGUGGCAUCCCUUUGUACUUGCUUCAUGAUGAUUCGUGCAUGAAUGCCAAUAAGAUUUCAAAUUAUAUCUUGGUAAA